UCAUUUGGUCGGAUGUUUCCCCUCCGAGCGUCUUUUUGGAGAGAAUGCGUCUUCUCGUUUUCGCGACUUUAUGUGGAGUCCUUCUCGACGCAGGAGAUGCCCUUCAGAUCCAGUGCUACCAGUGCGAGGAGAUGAAGCACAAUGACUGCUCCACGCCGGAGUACAUCGUCAACUGCACCGUCAAUGUGCAGGACAUGUGCCAGAAGGAGGUGCUGGUCAAACCGGAUGGAAUACAUUAUCGGAAAUCCUGCGCCUCCUCUGGGGCUUGCCUCAUCGCCUCCUCCGGCUACCAGCAGUUCUGCACCGGCCGGCUGAACUCGGUCUGCAUCUCCUGCUGCAACACCCCGCUCUGCAACGGGCCCAGGAGGAAGCGGCCCGUCCCCUCGGCUGCGAGGCGCAGCAUCCGGACGAACCGGCCGCUCCUCCUCUUCCUCGCCUUCUUCUCACCGCUGCGGACCCUCCUCCCUGUGACGUAGACCGAGGAUCCCAUCACAUCUCUGCUGUUCACCUGGGAGCUCGGACCUGCGGCCACUGCUGCGACAUCCUGAAAGAGCAGCUCUGGACACCGCGCCGGCUUUGUAUCUUCUCAGCGUCAGGAAAAAAAAAAACUGUUAAUCUGAUUGAAAUAAGACCGUAACCACUGAGAAUGACACUGUAAAGCUGGAGAAGAGCUUUCUGAAUCAUUUAUUGCUCCUGUAGCUGGAGGAGGACCAUCCAGCCUGCAGCCGAGGCAUCUCUCAAUUUCUUUGCUUUUUGUGAA